UACGACGAUUCAUGAUGACCAGGAAUUCGCGUGAGGGUGACGGCGUGCUGCGUGACGAGUCGGCGGCGGAGGACUGACUAGGGGGAAAAAAGAAAGCCGAGAGUGGAGGCGGGGGAGAAGCAAGUUGCUCCAUCGUUCGUUUCCUCUGCUUUGCUUCCUUUCCUUCUCAUGACGAGUGAAGAGGGAUCAAGCAACCAUGUCGUCACAAUCGCCUGACUACAUCAACCCCUUCGAGCCGGUGGUGCUUCGCUUGGCCAGCACAGCCUCGGCCUCGUCGCCUUUGGAGGUGCAUGUCCUUCCUUACGGUCUCACAAUACAUCGCCUCGUCAUCGAUGAUGGCAAAGAGGACCUCAUCACCGGUCCCGAAUCCCCCUCUGACCAUCACACUCUCGGACGCAGCUUCUUUGGUCCCAUCGUCGGUCGGUUUGCCAACCGCCUCCCAGCAGGGCAGAAUUCCUUCAACUACGAUUCGACAGAGGUGGGGAGCGUCGACCUUCCAGAAUGGGGAGGAGAUGGCGUGUGCCAUCAUGGAGGGCCCGCCGUGGGAGGCGAGCAAGAGGGUGCAGGUGAGCCGGUCAAGGCCAAGAAAGGCCAGCUUCUGCCGCAAAGGGGCCCAUUUGAUCGGAUGGUAUGGACGAAAUUGGAGGAGGGGCAAAUGCAACUGUUUGACAAGUUGGCAGAGGGAGAGCCACAAUCAAAGGCCAUCUUUGCGCUACAUAGUAUUGGCGCCCCUGCUGGCCACCAAGGUUUCCAUGGGGAUAUCCGCAUUGAGGUCCGCAUCGCCCUGAAGGCGGCGAAAGCAGAACAGGCAGAAACAACUUCGCACACAAAGCUGCUACACGACAGCGGCGCCUCGUCGUCAGGCAGCGUCAGUAUAGAGUAUCGUGCAUCACUUCUCCCUCGCUCCUCAGAGGUUCAAGUCACACCUUUCAAUCUCACACAUCACUGGGGCUUUAAUCUGACGGCUAGUCAAGCCAAAGAUGAAGCCUCGUCCCGCAUAGACGACCACCAACUUCGCCUGCUGCCGAGCGACGUGGGGCGACUGGCUCUCGAUGAGCGCGGUAUAGCUACGGGCGAAAUCCUCAAGCUAGAUGAAGCUCACGGCUGGACGUCCUCGCCUUCGUCGUCGCCAUGGGGCAAGCGAGUCGCCACGGCUAUGCCUCAGCAAGGUUACGACGAUUUCUACCUCUGGCCUACAGCGGCAGGUAACGACACUGCCAGUCUGCCUGCCGUAGCUCUCCUCUCUUCUCCCGCUUCCUCCUCUUCGGCACCUCGUACCUCCCUCGUCUUCCGAACCGACCAGCACGGCGUCCAAUUCUACUCGGCCAAUGGCCAGCCCGCUGCCCCUGCACCUCCAGAGGAGAGCGGUGGAGCUAGGAAGCUGGCUCACCGCCGUGAUGGUGAGCAACAAGAGGGCAAUGCGAUGCGCACUGCUGCCUUUCUGGAGUUCGGCGAACCUCAUUGCUGCUUCUUGCGGCCGAGACUACAGGAAUUUGUGCGAGCGAGCAAGGACGUGGGGCUCUUGAGGAAAGGGGAGACGUAUGUCAAUCGUGUCGAGGUGGAGAUCUGGCAAAGCAAGGCUCAGAAAGCGUAGAACAGACUCACUUCACGUCAAAAUUAUUCACAUUUAGGAGCAUCCUUUCUCGUA